CAUUUAAAACUCAAAAACCUUACACCGUUUUGGAUUCUCAGUAGCUUUUGGCAGCCAGAAAAAGCGCGAGUUCCACAACCCCAGGAUCCGGUGUAAACUCAGCAACUCGCUUUGCUCUGUUCGUAAAGUUUUUGUACAGCCAGAAAGGUUUUGCCUAUUACUUAAAGUUUGCUCAGACAAUUUGGUAUGGGAGUUGUCAGUGUUUCUAGCUCAGCUGCCCGAACUCCGCUAGGAUUAAGCACAAAGUUUUCUACUCAAAGAUGUACAUCGAGAAAGCCUUUGACUGUUGCUUUUAAAGCAGAUAAAUCCGAUAUUACUGCUUUAGUUACACCUCAAGAGCAUAUUCUUUUACCUAUAGAAAGAGCUAAGGAGAACCCAAAGAGACGAGGAAAAGCUAAGAAGGAUCCUAAAAUUGUAAAUGAUGUCUUUACUGAUGAAGGUUCUCCAUGUGCCUUGGAAGUGGAUUACAAUGAAGCUGCUGCCAAACUUGAAAACAUUUAUAAGCUUAGCUCUGCAACUAGAACAUCUGAUGUAGGAGACGUAGAAGGUAAGAUAAAAGGACGCCAGCAAAGGAGAAAGAGGUCUAAAGAAAGUGAUGAGAAAGGAGUUAACUUUAACAACCAGAUCGUGGUUAGGAACCGGACUAAUAAGAUUAAAAGAUUGAGUCUUGAUAAUAGGAUUGCACUGAAAAAGAACAGAGAAGAAAAACCUGUUGUUUCUGUUCGGAGGAAAAAGAGUAGUGAGAAUGAAAGUGAGAAGAUUGAUAGGCUUGUCAGGGACUAUUCAGCUUCAACUGAUUUGGUUAGCCUGGACUGGAGAAAGAUGAAGAUACCUCCCGUUCUGUCAUCUACUGAGCAUACUUGGUUGUUUAAGUUAAUGCAGCCCAUGAAGGCACUGCUUCAGGCAAAAGAGAACUUGCAAAAGGAUUUGGGUAGAGAUCCAACUGAAGAUGAAUUAGCUGAGGCCACAAAUAUGAGCGCAGCUCAAGUAAGAAAACAUUUAGAAGUUGGUCAAGCUGCUAGAAAUAAGCUGAUUAAGCAUAAUCUCCGGCUUGUUUUGUUUUCGAUAAACAAAUAUUUUCAAGAUUUUGCAAAUGGCCCAAGAUUUCAAGACCUUUGUCAGGCAGGAGUGAAAGGACUUAUUACAGCCAUUGAUCGCUUUGAACCAAGAAGGAGAUUCCGGCUCUCCACGUACAGUCUUUUUUGGGUUAGGCAUUCAAUUAUACGUUCCAUGACAUUAUCAAGCUUCACACGUGUCUCAUUUGGACUUGAGUCGGUUAGAGUAGAGAUCCAAAGAGCCAAACUUGAAUUAUUGUUUGAACUUCAUAGAGAACCAACAGAGGAAGAAAUAAUUAAAAAGGUUGGGAUCUCUCCUGGGAGGUACCAAGAAGUAAUGAGGGCCUCAAAACCUGUUGCCUCUCUUCAUUCAAGGCAUUCAGUCACACAAGAAGAGUUCAUCAAUGGAAUCACUGACAUCGAUGGUGUUGGAGGUGAUCACCGGAGGCAACCUGCUCUUCUCCGGCUUGCACUUGAUGAUGUGCUUGAUUCUCUGAAGCCUAAGGAGAGCCUGGUGAUCAGACAGAGAUAUGGACUAGAUGGUAAAGGUGAUAGAACAUUAGGAGAAAUUGCUGGGAACUUGAAUAUUUCAAGAGAAAUGGUUCGGAAGCAUGAAGUAAAGGCGCUAAUGAAGCUCAAGCAUCCAGCCCGAGUGGAUUAUCUUCGUCGAUACGUUGUCUAAAUGUAUUAAAAUCCUCAGCUUCAUCUACAUAAAUCCCCCUCUAUCCUUAUAUUGGCUCAUGACCAAGUUGUUUCUGUAUACUAAUAAUCUGUAUCAUAGUCAUUUAACCACAUGAGCAUAGAAUUCCCAUACCAUGUAAUAUAAAUUCAAAUACUCAAAAGAUUGUAAAUCACCAAUUAUACAUGACCUGUAAUAUUUCCCUCU